UUAAUAAACAGAAACAACAAAUGCAAAGCACUUUACAAAAAGUAAAAGCUUUUUUUCGGAAACCUGGUGAAAAUGGAGCUUCUCUAUAUUUCGCCCUUAUUGCUCUGUUGUUUACUCGACCAUGGCGUGUUUGGUGAGUCAGUGUCAGGAAUGGAGGGCGAUCCAGUCACUCUACACACUGGUGUUGAAACAAACCAACAAGAAAAGAUUAGGUGGUAUUUUAAAGACAGUCGUAUCGCUCAAAUCAGUGGAGAUCUCGGUUUAAUCUGUACAGAUGUUCAGUGUAAAGAUGGCGAUGAGAGAUUUAGAAACAGACUGAAGCUGGAUCAUCAGACUGGAUCUCUGACCAUCACAAACACCAGAACCACAGACUCUGGACUUUAUCAACUGAAGGUCAUCAGCAGCAGUGGCUUCAGUGAAAAGAUCUUCAAUGUUACAAUCUAUGGUGUUUCUGCUGCUGAACGAAAUGAAACAAAGGCAGCGAAGGAGGGAGAAUCUGUCACUUUACAUCCUGGUAAAAUAAAAAAAACAAAUGAUUGUAUGAUGUGGUAUUUUAAAGACAUUCUUAUAGCUGAAAUCACUGGAGAUCCUAGUAAAACCUGUACAGAUGAUCAGAGUAAAGAGAGAUACAGAGACAGACUGCAGCUGGAUCAUCAGACUGGAUCUCUGACCAUCACAAACACCAGAACCACAGACUCUGGAGAUUACACACUACAGAUCAUCAGCAGCAGAUUUAGCAUCAGUAGAAGAUUCAUUGUUUCUAUCACUACUGUUCCAGCUCCAGGUCUGUCUUCAGCUGCUGCAGGAGGAAUAUGUGCUACUAUUGUUGUUGUUCUGCUGGUGGCUGCAGUUGUUUUUGGGAUUUACCGUUGGCACAGAUCAAGACAGAGUGGCAAGUAUUACAGCUGA